CCUCUACUUUAGUCAAUCCUCUUUGGUUUUACCGUAAAUAUUGUGACGUUUUGUGAAUAUUCAUCACUAUUUCAAGUGAAUUGCCAGAACAAUUAUCGAAAUCGUGAGAUCGUUAUUCAGGAUGAAAAAUUGAUUCGAGUAAGGAUCAAUCAUAUUUGUACAGAAAAGCAAUAAGACGACGUUGCAAAUCGAUACAUUAGUCAUACUUAGUGAGUGCUUACGGUGAAUUUAACUCAACAUUCGCUAUAUUUCUUGAGGAGAAAUGUCCACGUCGAUCAUGUCCAAUGCCAAACUCCAGGAUGAUAUGAGCAGUAUUCCACUGGCUGAUGAUGAUCCACAAGUGAUAAUACCAGAAGAAGACGUGCCUGAUAAUGACUCCCAUAUAUCAGAUGCUUUCGGUCGUGGCCGUAGUAUGGAUUCCAUACCAUCGACUUUCACCAAUGGGAGCUACAGUCCAAACAGUCUAGAUCCUGAUGUAAGUCCUGACGAACAACAGGAAAAGGCCAGACUAAUCUCUCAAGUCCUCGAACUUCAGAAUACCCUAGAUGAUUUAUCGCAGAGAGUUGACAGUGUGAAAGAGGAAAAUCUGAAAUUGAGGAGUGAAAACCAGGUGCUGGGACAGUACAUUGAGAACCUCAUGUCUGCCUCGAGUGUUUUUCAAUCGACGAGUCCAAAAUCCAAGAAGAAGUAAGCAUCGCCUUUUCGCUUUCACGUUUGUCACUGAUCAAGUACAGGAUUCGGUAAUUGUAGAUUUUCUGUCUCGAUGGCUUUCUAUUGAUUUUAUAUGAAUGAAAAUUCUUUGACAAUCUCAAAAGAUAUCGCGGUGAAAAAUUCUUUCGAAUGGAAUAUUCCGAAUUUUCUUGAUUUAAGAAAACAGGAAACGAAUAUUUCGCGUUGCAAAGUAUCUUUUCCCCGAUCUGACAUUAGAAUUUAAUAUUAAAAUUAAAUAAUGAGCAUUGCAUAUGCUUUCUAUGAAUAAUUCAUAGACCUCAGCCACUGAUUCGUGAGAAGUAUAUUUUACGGGGCCCUGAUUCACCAAAGAACGCAAUUUAUUAUUUAAUCUUCUGGGAACUUCCUUACUCCUAAGAGUUUACGAAGGCUUGAUAGUUAAUCAAUGGUAGAUAAUUUAUGCACCAACUGGAUAAUCCCAGAAUCAAUAAUUUCUUCAGAGAUAAUUGAUAUAAUUACUUUAUACGAUGUAACGAAAAAAUGUAUAUCGAAUCAAUGCAUUUGAUUGAAAUUUUUAUUACACGACGAAAAUAAGUAAGUGGAAAUUAUAGAGGUAGUACAAUCACCGGAUGCAUGUGAAAUACAAAAACCAAUGAAAGAUGAGAUAUUCAAGCACGAGCUUCGCUUACAGUACUUGUACAGAAGAGAGAGAUUAAUUAUAAUAGAUAUAAUUAUCAUAUGAGAACUUAUAUAUUACAUACAUAGAAAGAAACUUGUGUUAUAUCUAAUGAGAACAAAGGGAUGAUGAGAAAUGUUUGAUGAUAUAUUUCGCUAUUUCUUAUGCAUAUUAUUUGCUGCUUAUUCCUAUGUACGUGGAUACAGAGAACUGACGACUUGCGAUGGUCACUCCGAAUAUAUUUAUCAUGUUUCAUAAAAUAACUUGCUAAUCGUAAUUCAUUCAUGAGCACAAGCUGACUGCACAAUAAUAAGAUGAUUCCAUUGUUAAGUCACAGUAUGGUAAUAAAUAUUGAAAAUUAAAA